GGACAAUAGAACUUCUUCGCCAUAGCCCCCAUCAUCUCAUAUUCAUACAUAUAGAGAUAAAAGAAAAAGCUUUUUUCAUCGAAAUAGAUACAUUCCCCAAUUAAAGUCGCUUCGUGCAUCCUGAUCUGUACAGAUUUGUAGAAAACCCUAGAAAAUUUUAAUCUCCGCCAAUCACACCUCGAUUGCAGCCUGGAUUUCUCUUACAUCACUUAUUGAUUUUCAUUCUUCUGUCUCAACACCCUCUGCUCUUAUCUCGUGCAUUCUGAAAUCACUGGAUUGGACUUCGAGUUGAAUGCCGAGUGUUAAUUCCUGUCUGGAUUUGCAGAACGACAUCGGCUGAUUGGGGGUGGAGAGUAUUUUUAUUUUACUUCAGCUUAAGUUGUCUCCACGAUUGAUUCCUGAUUCGAUUCGAUUCUGUAUGUUUUUUUUUGUUUGCUCUGUUGUUUGUAAAGAUCUUCCGGACAUUUUCGGAGGAAUCGAACUCAUGUUAGAGUUCUAACAUCUUAUUAAUGCAGUAGUUUCUGUUUGAUUGAUUACCUGCUGGUUUCUAUACUGUUUUUUAUGAUCUUGUUUGUUUGGGAAUUGGAAUUGAAUGGGAAUAAUUAUUGAGGUGUGGGUGAAAAAGGGGAGAUGAGAUCGAGAGGUGCGAUUUCACGAUUUAGGGUUCAGCAAUGACUACAGGGUCAUUAGGUCUUCGAUCCUCCGGCAGCUAUGGAUCAUUACAGCAGCAGUUUCAGAACGGCGGCGCAUUGCCGCCGAAUCAGGGCACGCCGCCGCGGAAGCCUGGGAAGAUGCUAAAGGAUAAGGACAAACUUUUGUUCCCCUGGAUCUGCAAAUCAGCUCCGAGGAACAAGGUCGGAAUGCUGCUCUUGUGCCUCGUCUCCGCGGCCGUUUUCGGAUGGGUUUUGUACGUUGGCAAAGGGGAAGAUGCUCAGGACACCAUCGAUCGAAGUAUAAGUAUCGAAACCCGGCCGUUGGCGAUAUCCUACUUGUCCGAAGGCUUGAAUUUGACGGCUCCACCGGCUGCGCUUUUUACCGGAUACACGCUUCCUCCGGGGAAUCCUUGCGAUGGUUUUACAUUGCCUCCACCGCCAGCCGAUAAGAAAAGGACAGGCCCUCGCCCGUGUCCGGUUUGCUACCUUCCUUUGGAUGAUGCUAUUGCUCGUAUACCGAAUGCGCCUUCAUUCUCACCGGUAAUUCAAAACUUGACGUAUGUUUAUGAGGAGAGUUUGUCUAAGUCUGAAUUUGGGGGUUCAGAGUUCGGCGGAUAUCCUUCGUUGUUGCAGAGGAACGAGUCGUAUGAUAUCCGUGAAUCAAUGACUGUGCACUGCGGGUUUGUCCGAGGAGCGAAGCCGGGUCGUAAGACAGGUUUUGACAUCGACGAAUUUGAUCUUUCCGAGAUGGAGACUUGUCAUGGGGUGGUUGUGGCGUCGGCAAUCUUCGGCGCCUUCGAUGUAAUAAGACAACCGAAAAACUACAGCGAAUAUUCGAAAGCGAAAGUCUGCUUUCACAUGUUUGUCGACGAAGAAACCGCGGCUUUUCUGCAAAACUCGAGUGAGAUUGGGAACGAUAAGAAAGUCGGGCUGUGGAGAAUCGUCGUUGUUCGAAACUUACCUUAUUCUGAUCCGAGACGCAACGGGAAGAUUCCAAAACUUCUACUUCAUCGCCUUUUUCCCAAUGCUCGCUACUCAUUAUGGAUCGAUGCAAAACUUGAGCUGGUCGUGGAUCCGAUUCAAAUUCUUGAGAGGUUUUUGUGGAGGAAAAACGCGAGCUUUGCAAUAUCAAGACAUUAUAAGCGUUACGAUGUUUUUGAAGAAGCCGAGGCCAACAAGGCUGCGGGAAAGUACGACAAUUCUUCCAUAGAUUUUCAGAUUGAAUUUUACAAGAAGGAAGGCUUAACGCCGUAUUCUUUAGCGAAACUGCCUGUUACAAGCGAUGUUCCGGAAGGAUGUGUAAUAAUCCGGGAGCACAUUCCGAUCUCGAACCUCUUCACCUGUCUAUGGUUCAACGAAGUCGACCGGUUCACCUCCCGGGACCAGAUAAGUUUCUCCACCGUGCGUGACAAGAUCCGGUCGAAGACUAAUUACAGUGUCAACAUGUUCUUGGAUUGCGAACGGCGCAACUUUGUCGUCCAGGGCUACCACCGGGACUUGCUCGAGCAGUUGCCGCCGCCUCUGCCUACCGGCAGCGAUGCUGAUAUCCUUCCUCUGCCGCCGCCGCCGCCGCCAGCGGUGAUCUUAACAGGACAACACCGGCGCAACCCUGUCCCGCGGCGAGGCCGGGAGAGACGGCCGCGGCGGCACCGGAAAGUUAUUACCGGUUAUAGAGAUGGUAAUAAUAUUACCAAUUAAAAGGAUUUUAGUGAAAGGCAAAGGUUACAUUGUCGAAGCUGUUCCUUCCCUGUGUCUGAGGGGUUAGGAAACUUGCAGAGUGUUUAUAGUUAUAAAAUUUUACAUUAAAAUUAAUCCUUCGUUUUUGUUUUUAUUUUUGCUUACAGAUGUAUUAAUUUGUCUAUUUUUUAAAUGUACAUACGAGAUUAUAUGGUAAUUGUUGGAUUAUUUUUCAUUGUUA